AUGAUCACAAAUUAAAUUAAAUAUUCAUUCGCCCUUUAUUCGAAAUACUUCCUGGUGUCUCAACAAUAUAAUUAAGACAUGUAUUAUCAUCGCAGUACCCAAUUUAUCACUUAUUCAUUUUUAGUCCCUUUGCGUUCAGAACAUGAAAACCAACUCUAAAAAUUAAUUUCAAAAGGUGCCUAAAUUAUAGGCGGAGCUCAAUUCCCGUACAAUGGAGCAUAUUACAUCAUCAACACAGAAGAUGACAACAAUAUCAAAUCCUUUAUCAAUAAUGAUCCAUACACAUAAAAUAAUUUGGCGAAAACAACCUAUGAACAAAUCUAUCCCCAAAAUGAUAAUUUUGAUCAAUUAAGUUAGCUCUAUAGUUUUAAAUGA